UCCCAGAACGCCCACCUGCCAGGACUGAGCGAUCGCUCCCUCGGGCGAUCCCCGGCUUACAGACCAACGGUGACACCCGAACACCCGUGCAGCCGAGCUGGGGACCCGCUGACACCCGCUGCCGCCCGAGGUUCGCCCUCGAGGCGGCUCCCUACGGGAAUGUUUCAAGGGGGCGGCAGGACCAGCAUCUCCAAGCCUGCGCCCCGCAACCUAGAGGACCUGGACUCGGUGCAGCGCGUCCUGCUACACAGUGAUGUGGAGCCUGAGUGGCUGGACAGCGUGCAGAGGAACGGAGAGCUGUUCUACCUGGAGCUGAGUGAGGAUGAGGAGGAGAGCCUCCUCCCGGAGCCCCCGGCUGUGACCCACGUGAACCACGUCAGGUUCAGUGAGAAGGAGGUCAUCAUCGAAGAGGACGACGCCAGAGAGAGAAAGAAGUGCGAGCCCAAGCUCAGGCGCUUCACCAAGAUCCUGAAAAGCAAAAGCCUUUUACCUAAGCGGCACCACAAGAAGAACAGCAGUAGCCAUGGGCCCGUGUCCAUCCUGAAGCAUCAGCCCACCCAGAAGACCGGAGUCACCGUGCAGCAGCGGUACAAGGAUGUGACUGUCUAUAUCAACCCCAGAAAGCUAACGGCCGUCAAGGCCAGGGAGCAGGUCAAACUCCUGGAAGUGCUGGUGGGAAUCAUCCACCAGCCCAAGAGGAGCUGGAGAAGGAGCGGCAAGCAGGCCGAAGGAGAGAGGCUCGUGGUGCACGGCCUGCUGCCAGGAGGCUCUGCCAUGAAGAGCGGUCAGGUCCUGGUUGGCGAUGUCCUUGUUGCUGUGAAUGAUGUAGAUGUGACUUCUGAAAACAUAGAAAGAGUUCUGUCCUGCAUCCCUGGGCCAAUGCAGGUGAAGCUGACAUUUGAAAACGCAUAUGCUGUGAGAAGGGAAACAGCCCAACCCAAAAAGAAAAAGGCCCAGUCGAGCACACAGGAUUUGGUGAAACUCCUCUGUGGGCCGGAGGCUGAUGCCGCCCAGCACGGUCCCCUGAGCGUCCCACACAUCAUCAUGUACCUCACGCUGCAGCUCCAGUCAGAGGCAGCCAGGGAGGAGCAGGAAAUCCUUUACCAGUAUCCAGUGUCUGAAGCAUCUCAGAAACUCAAGAGCGUGAGGGGGAUUUUUCUCACACUCUGUGACAUGCUGGAAAGUGUAACUGGGACACAAGUCACUAGCUCAUCCCUCUGUUUAAGUGGGAAACAAAUUCAUGUUGCUUACUUGAAAGAGUCUGACAAGUUGCUGUUGAUCGGCCUGCCUGCUGAAGAAGUUCCUCUUCCCCAGCUAAGGAACAUGAUAGAAGACGCUGCCCAAACCCUAAAGUUCAUGUAUGGUUCUUUAGACAGCGCCUUCUGCCAGGUCGAGAACGCGCCUCGUCUGGACCAUUUCUUCAGCUUGUUCUUUGAACGAGCUCUCCGGCCCGGUAAACUGCACCUCAGUGCCAGCCCCAGCGCCCAGCAGUACGACGCAGCCAGUGCUGUGCUCUUGGACCACCUCCCUGGAGUCCGCUGGCUCAUUCUUCCACAGGAACUCAAGGUGGAACUGGACACAGCGCUGAGUGACCUCGAGGCUGCCGACUUCGAAGAACUGUCCGAGGAUUACUAUGACAUGAGACGGCUGUAUACGAUUUUGGGGUCUUCUCUGUUUUACAAAGGUUAUAUGGUGUGCAGCCACCUGCCUAAGGACGAUGCUGUGGACAUCGCUGCGUACUGCCGCCAGUACUGCCUGCUGCCGUUAGCAGCAAAGCAAAGGAUUGGCCAGCUGAUAAUAUGGAGAGAGGUGUUCCCACGCCACCACCUCCAGCCCCCUGCAGACUCAGACCCCGAGGCCUUCCAGGAACCUGAAGGGAGAUAUUUCUUACUCAUUGUCGGAUUGAGACAUUAUAUGUUGUGUGUGCUCUUAGAAGCUGGAGGCUGUGCAUCUAAAGCUACCGGGAACCCUGGUCCAGACUGCAUCUAUGUAGAUCAGGUCAGAGCAACCCUUCACCAGCUGGAAGGAGUCGACCCCCGCCUGGAGGAACAGCUAGCCACACCCCCGGGGCCCUGCUUGUCUGGUGCUGACUGGUUCCUCACCGUGCCCCGAGAAAAGGCAGAGGGUUUGACUACUUCGCCUAUCCUCAGUAGACUGCAGGGGCCUUCUAAAACAGCAACCUCUCCAACAUGCAGAAGAACCCUUUUCAGUGACUAUUCCUUCAAGGCUCGGAAGCCCAGUCCCUCCAGGAUCGGUGGAGGACGUGAGCCUGGUGAAGGGGACGAAAGUGUUGGUCUGAGCCCACACGCUACCCCAGACGCAGUGCGGAAGCAAAGGGAGUCCGAAGACGACAGUGUGGCCUUGCUCAAGCUUGCUAAAAAGAAGUCAACACUUCCAAAUCCGUUUCAUUUGGGGACUUCAAAAAAAGAACUUUCAGAAAAAGAAUCGGAAGUCUCUAACAUGAUGAAAUUGACAUCCGGUCCUGAGAACACACUCUUCCACUACGUUGCCUUAGAAACGGUGCAAGGCAUCUUCAUCACCCCCACCCACGAGGAGGUGGCUCAGCUCGGGGGUUCUGUCCACUCUCAACUAAUCAAGAAUUUCCAUCGCUGCUGUCUCUCUAUCCGAGCAGUUUUCCAGCAGACACUGAAGGAGGAGAAAAAGAAAGCGCUAAGUGGUGGAGAUCAUUCGGAGUCUGCAAAUUCAGUGUCUUCUCUGAGCCCUGUGAAAGAACAUGGUGUGCUGUUUGAAUGCUCACCUGAAAACUGGACUGAUCAGAAAAAGCCACCCCCAGUCAUGUCGUACUGGGUGGUAGGGAGACUCUUCCUUAACCCAAAACCUCAGGAACUCUAUGUCUGUUUUCAUGACUCGGUCUCAGAAAUUGCCAUUGAAAUGGCAUUUAAGUUGUUCUUUGGGCUCACGUUGUAGCUGUGUUUGUGAUGCCAAGCGACACAUAGAUGGACCACAGGACAGCGCCAGAAUGGCAGGAGUCAUCAUGCAGAGAUAAGCCGCGGUGCAUUCAUUGUCCAGUACUGUACUGUUAAAUACUGAGAUACUAUUGGGUUGGUGCAGCAGUUCAUGUGUGGUAUUAUAUAAGACAACUGAGCUGAUACUUGAUCAAAAUUCAGAGACAAGAUUGCUAAUUUAUUGCCAUUUUGGUCUACCAUGCUAAUUUAUUGAAUAGUUUUAAAUAAUGUGAAUUCUUUAAUAAAAAUUAAUAUAGGAGAUGUUUAUUUAGGGGUCAUAUCUUUAUCAUUGUUUGUUUUCAUAAAACCCAGUACUGACUGAUGGUGAAGGAAUCAUGACUUGAAGACAUGACAAGGUUCUGUAGUCUUGUUCUGUAGUCAGUGCUGUGUUGUGAGCGAGCCCUUGCAUCAGUUACACCUCAGAGUAUGUGUGGACUAAUCAUAUUGUUAUUGCAAUAGGAUUUUGAAACUCGGAGUUAAGAAAAACGUGUUGUUUGCUUAUUGGUCAGUAGCUAAAUAUACAGUGCCUGUGUUCUAAUUUCUUAACAAAUCAAAAGUGUCUGCAUUGAUUUGUUAUUUUAGUAGAUUUUUUAUUUUAGUAGAUAACCUCACCACAGAGGAAGAGGGAGAGGAUGACAGUUAAAGUUAAUUUAUAUUUAUUUGAUUCUCUUUAUUCUUUGUGGUAAACUUUAUUUGACUCAAGAUGCACAUUUGUAAUCACCUGUAAACUUCCAUUGCUUUUUUUUCUGGUUCACAUACAUUUAUAUCAACUCUUAUCAAAUCAUACUAAAAACACUGAAUGGGGGCUAGAGUGAUGGCUCAGAGGCCAGGAGCAGGUACCUCACUGGAAGAGACCUGAGUUCAGCUCCUAGCCCACAGUAGGUCUCAAAAACACCUGUAACUCCAGGGAGCCCUUUGUCUUUUUCAGCUACCCCCACACACAAUUAGAAAGUGAAAUCCUUUUUAAAACACUGGGGGGGGGGGGGAUGUGCUAAAGAUACCAUAUGUAACUUCUUCUAUAAAAUACUAAUUUUUGUCUUACAAAGCAGCAUUAGUCUGUAUUGGGUUUUCCCAAAGGAGAGGACUCGCUUUCCCUGACUAUAGCUAAUGUGAGCUUCAGCAUUACAGAAGGCUGACAUGACAGAAUUUCUUGGGCUGUGAGAAUUUAGUGUGUUGAAAAGUAUAGUAAAUACUAAACUUAUAAUUACCAUCUACCCAGGUAGACAUCCCAGAGGCUCAAUAUCACCCCACAUUUUACAGUCUUGGAUAGUUUCUGCUUCGGGGAUUAUAUAUGUUGGAAGGCAAGCUAUCUAAAGCCAAUCUGAAGUUGGUCCCUACAUGUUCCCUCCCUCAAACACGAGCCCUCCAGCUUAAAACUAGAAAACAUACCAGUGCACCCCUGAGCCAUUUGGUCUUACAAAAUAUUCAGUUGCCUUGGUCAUCAUUGUAAGAUUCUCAUCACAGUGUGGGUGACAGAUACCGGCUGUUUAUAUCACCAAUGACUUCUGGACCUAAAUUUUGGCUUUCAAGUCAGAUAAGAAAAUUAUGCACCUGAAAAUGUAGAAAACCAGUUUGAAAUAUCUCCCCACUUAACUGAGUCAACUUAGUUCAGAUUCUCCUCUGUCUUGGACCGCAGACAUUUGUGUUACAGCGUUUCUAAAACUGACUUAUUGAAUGUCUUACCAUUUCUGGAUCUAGCCUCAAAUCCUGAGCUGUUUCUCUUGCUGAUCAUGAUGAUGAAUGUAGGUAAUUGAUCACCUCAGGUGUUCAAACAGAACAAACUUAAGACUUGGGAUUUUAAUAGAGGGAACUUUUUUUUCCAUUUAAAUUUCGAUCUGUUGGUGCUUUCUUUGUGUCAGAUAGCCAUGAGCACACUGUUCAAAACGUGAUGUAAAAGACAAACACAGCAUGGAUGUUAAAGAUGGACCAUUGGCAGUAUAGUACAUGUGAACCCUAAGUCCAUGUUGAAGAGACAUUGCAUUGUUAAGGAAUGAGUAUUGUGUUCCUUUUCAUUUCCAAGUGAAUAUUGAAGGUAAACCUAGCAGACCAUGUCUGUAAUUAAAUUCAGACUGACAUCUGAAAGCCAAUCGGUCUGGCUGUUGGACAGUAGAGUCCCUGUCUGUCUUGUUUUCAGGGAAGGGACAAUGUCAACUGAAGAUCCUAUAAUGAUGGCCUUCAGAGAAACCUCCUUGAGUCAGGUUUUAAUCACAUCCUGGUAGUAAUGUUAUGAAGAACAUUACUGUAGGAAAGUAAAAUGCGUUGUCUGCCUAGCAUGCAUAGAAUGGUUCUGUCUUGGUGGCUCAUGCCUAGACGCCAGUGUUCAGGAAGCUGAGGCAGAGGGCAGGCUGAGCUCUGUAACAAGCAAUAAAACCACAAGCACUUUCUCACUCCUGGCUCACGCUUCUUAGACUCUUGCUGCUCCUUUCCCUCUUCUUUCUCUUCUCUCACUCCUCAGCUUUCUUUGUUUCUGUCUUGUCAGAGAACUGUACCUAGGGAGGGAGGGAGCAUCUCACGCUUUGUACCAAGGGGCCAAGGGACUCUGGACGAUGAUACAGGUUGAUUGUAAAAUAAUACCUUUUAAAUAUUUCUGACACAAAAUGAAAAAACCGUGAAACCAGUCUACUAAGUUUAGUCUGCCUUAACCAUUGUUCGUUUCCGUAUGCUCUCCCUAAACCAUGGUUGUCACAUGUUGUGAACGAUGAAGCGUAACCUGUGGCUACCAUUUAUCAUCAUUAAGUGGUCACGGCUUGAGAACCAAAAGGCCACAGUUAAGUCAUACCUACCUGUUACUGCACAACCACAACAUGACAGCAGCAAUCUGAGAAAAUGACUUCGCACUAUAGUUUUAAGGAUAAGGAUUUAUAUUUUGGACUGUUUUUGAAAUGGUAAGUUCUGUUAAAACUUGAACCUACACACCAAACCAUAUGAGCUAAUUUAAUUAUGAAGAGUUUUAUUUCUGUAUGCAAUUAAAGCUAUUUUUCUACAUUACCCAGAGUUUUAAAUAAAAAUGUU